AUGAGUAAGAUAAAAAAGAGAAAAUACAGUAGAGAAGGGUGUGAAGAAUGUAAGAGGAGGAAGAUGAAAUGUGAUGAAGAGAAACCGUAUUGUUAUAAUUGUUCCAGAUUGAAUAAAGUAUGCCAUUACAAGACAAAAAAUAGAAAGAUUGACUUCUCCCUUGAAUCUCACUUGAGUAACACUUUGAACAAUAAUAAAGAUACAGAUAUCCACAGCAAACCUGCCCAGAGAUUGGACGAUCAGAUUAAAGUUCAAAUUCCACAGCUUAAAACCGAAUUCCCUGUUAAACAUUACAUUCAUAACGGUUCGUACAUUAACAACUUUGUGGGUGAGGAAAACUUCUAUGACAAGACUGAUCUGCCUCAAAGUCCUUCUAUAGCAAAUCUCACCAACAAUGGUGGAUUGAAUCCUUUACUAUCGUCCAAGUUCACCAAUUCAAUUUCGGAUAUAUUAAGUCCCAGUGACAAUGAUUUGUUGACUGGUGAUAUUAAUGAAUUGAGAAGUUUAUUUGAUGAAGCAUCGGGUUUGGUGCACGAUAUGAAUGACUUGAAUAACUUUGACAUUUUAAGUUUCCCAACUCGUACAUUCCCAGUGAAUGACGUGCAUCAUAUAAACGAUAUAAAUUUACAUGAAAUACCAGAAGAAAUAUCAAACGAACUAUCUGGAACUGUUGAUCAUUUAACCACACCCCUGACCAAUCAUAACAGUCAUACAGUGGCUAUAGGACAUGAAAUGAGUCGUCCCAAGUCAGUCGACAAUGCCAGUGAUCAUAAGCCACUACUGAUAGCUUCCAGUGAAGCAGUUUCUGAAAGUUACGAAAAACAUAAUUUCCAAUUUGACGAGUUUAGUGAAAGACUUAUCAAUAACGAAAACAAUGGAAAUUUCAAUCUUUAUGACUUGAACUCCCCAGGUAUUAUUAAUAUUAAUCACAUGAAAAAUACAAAAGCUUCUCUGAAUAACGAGUUGAUAGAACAAUUAAUCAAACUGCACAAUUUGACACCACCUCAUAUAUCAUACUUGAAGUACUUGAAUGAUCCUAUAAUAUCAUUCACAUUAUUUCCAUUUGCAUCCAACAUUGACAAUAACGAGGUAGUUAAUAUUUUACUAAAGUAUGCCAAUAAUUGUCCAUAUUUAUUGAGUGCUAUUUUAGCCGUGACUUCACUGGUUAAGUUCAACAUUACAGGUAAAACUGUCCAUGAAUCAAGCGGCCAAAAGUACGUUUCUGUCUGUUUGAAGAGUUUGAGUGAGGCUUUCGUUAACAGUUCAGCAGAUAAAGUAAAUCAAUUUUUGAAUGAUAUUGAGAGAUUGUUAUUGACAGUUAUUCUUUUGACUUCUUUCUUUUCUUCCAAAACAUAUAAGAAUAACAACACCAUUCUUAAUAGUUGGAAAACUCAUUUAAGGGGAACUAAGGAUUUGUUGGUAAAUUAUAGUAGGGCCACUAGGAACCAAACGAGGUUGAAAGUUUCAAGCGGUUUAGCCUUGGCUAGAACCUGGUUUUUCGCCAUAGAAGCAUUGGCUAGUAUUGCUACACCUUUGGGAGGUUCAUUGACAAAAGCUAAGCAACAACUGGAUCACAAAGAAGAUAAAAAUGAUGGUAAAGAGAGUAAUAGGAUUUAUGUGGAGACAGGGUAUUUUGACUAUGAGACCAAUCCCGAAUACCAUGAUGCUCUUGUAAAUGCUGGAUUUUUGUUAGUGAAACAGCUCAAGACUACGGAAUUCAACAUUUUUUUGGGUUUCACCAUGAAUGUAGUAUACCUCAUGCAGGAGUUCACUCAUUGUUUAGAGCAUUUGAGAAAUCCCCAAUCAUCCCCAUUACCCAUCGAAAGAAUCCAGAAGUUAUAUUUCUUGAUGCACAAGUCUAAAGACAGCGUAAUAGUUCCACAGUUCCAAAAUGAUUAUUCAAUACCUGAAACAAGUCCAGGGCAUCCCAACUAUGCCGAAGCUGACAAGAUCUCAUUACCCGAAUCAGCCUUCGGAAAAUUUAAGACUGGUAAUAAAACCAUAUACUACUCAUGGUUUGAUAUUAGUGAGCAAAUUCACAUUGAAAGUAUUCAUCUUCGAAUGUUAAUCACAAAGGGAUUUUUCCAAUUGUCCAGAGAUCAUGCUUUUGUACAACAAAGUGUAUCUAAAUUGUUUGAUUGUCUUUAUUUUAUAAGAAAGAAGGAGUUAUUGGAAUUUGACGAAGGUACCCGAGAACCUUUGGCACAAACUGAGAACUUUUAUUUGACUUCAGAUUUUGAUGCUAGAGCAUAUAUGAUUCAAAGUCCUUAUAGGCUUUGCAUAAACUUAGUGUAUGAUGAAAAAUUGGAAAUGUUGAAAUUAUUCUUUAUGGGUUUAGUGAAGUGGGGUAAUGGUAGUGCUUUAGGAGCAUUAGAAGAAGUUAACAAAAGAAUCGAAAACAUCAAAUUAGGUAUUGAUGAGGAAUUCGUGGAAGUGGGACAAACUGACGUGGUUCCAUUUUCCUGA